UCACUUUGCGCACAUUCUAUAUAAUUUAACGUCGGAUUAGUUUAUAAAACUGUAUUGGACUUUGCCCACCGGCUCUGUCGAACAUCAAGAAGCUUCCUGAUCAUUUUAUUAACUUUUCCGAUCCAUUUAUAUUCCAAUGCCCACCUUGGUCGCUGUCAUGGAAUCGUCUUCAGUCACCGAGACCACCGAUAUAAUCAAACCUGACGAUCCCUUCUCGGGUCCCCUCAAAUCUAUCGCGCCCUGGAAUUACACUUUCCUCGCCUGUCUGAUGUUCAUUGUGACUUCACUGUCUCUUACAGAAAACUUCACCGUUAUGCUGGUGACGUUUAAAUAUAAACAACUGAGGAAGCCGUUGAAUUAUAUAAUUGUAAAUUUAGCCAUAGCUGAUUUUCUAGUUUCACUUAUUGGAGGCACUAUAAGUUUUUUGACUAAUGCGCGGGGCUACUUCUUCCUGGGCUCCUGGGCGUGUGUGCUGGAGGGUUUUGCUGUCACUUAUUUCGGGAUUGUUGCUCUGUGGUCUUUAGCAAUCUUGGCAUUUGAGCGCUUUUUUGUCAUCUGCCGGCCUCUGAAAAAUGUCCGGCUGGGAGACAAGCAUGCAGCUAUGGGUCUUGUUUUUGUCUGGACCUUUUCCUUCAUCUGGACAAUUCCACCAGUUCUGGGCUGGAACAGUUAUACAGUCAGCAAAAUUGGCACCACCUGUGAACCUAACUGGUACACGACUGAUUUCUAUGACCACACUUACAUCAUCACCUUUUUCACCACAUGUUUUAUCCUUCCUCUUGGCGUGAUCAUUAUCUCCUAUGGAAAACUAAUGCAGAAGCUCAGAAAGGUAUCAAACACUCAUGGAAGGCUGGGUAAUGCACGUAAGCCUGACCGAGAGGUAGCGAGGAUGGUCGUUGUAAUGAUAGUUGCGUACAUGGUCGGAUGGACACCUUAUGCAGCAUUCUCAAUUAUCGUCACAGCCUGUCCCACAAUACAUAUUGAUCCUCGACUUGGCUCGAUACCAGCCUUCUUCUCAAAGACUGCAGCUGUAUACAACCCCAUCAUCUAUGUCUUUAUGAACAAACAGUUCAGGAAAUGCCUGAUCCAGAUGUUUAAUGGAAAUAGCACCAGUCUGGACUCCACCCAUUUGAAUCAGACAUCAGACAAAGGGGCCAUCACUGCAACAGAAGAUAGCCACUUCGGAGAUAUGGCCAGCAUUGCUGCUCGUGUGCCCAUGUCCAUGUGCAACAUGGAGAAGAGUGAGGAUGAAGAGGAGGAAUCAGAGCAGAGUGUGAAUCGAGGUCCAAAGCAGCUCCCUUUAUCUUAAUUUGUCCUUUGAAGGACUAGUCUGACUGAAAAUAAUUUCAUUACCCAGUAGGGGAGACCAGGGGUAAUUCCUAUAACCAAACUUUUAGUUUUUAAAUGUUCAUUAAUAAUUCACUGACUGCUACAAAUCUAGGUGCAAUCUUUUGGUAAAAAAAUGUAUGUGCCAAAAGUAACUUUACCACAGCCACAGUAAAAUACUUUAUGUUGGAUAUAAAUAUUGUAAAUAUUUGGAUAUUAGUUAGAAUUAAAGAUAUCAAAACAUUAGACGGCAGACGAAAAACACUGACAUCUAAAAACAAUUACCUGUUACAAUUGCCCCAGGUCUCCCCUACUCCACAAAUAGUCUAACCUGUAGUCUUACCAAAUCCCAAAACCUGCAGAGUGCAGUCAUUACCACUAAAUGAGUGCAUAUAUGUUAGAAUGUAUGGUUUGUGUUUACAUAUAUUCCUUUACGUUGUGCCUAUGUGCAAUCAAGUCUUGUAUCUGUAUACUUGUCAGUAUUGCAUUGUACUGCCUUACCUUAUGAAAAUCCUGUGAACAUGCAAACAAAGGAGACAGGCAAACAAAGGAGACAGGAGACAGGCAAUAUAUAUAAUAUAAUUUAUUGUUUAGAGUUGUUUAAUGAAGCAAGAGUGUUAUUAUAAAUUGUAUUUUUAGUCAGAAUAUCUUA